AGCGAGCCCGCACUUCCGGCUGGCGCGUCGGGGUGCAGGUUCCGGGUUUCCGGGUGGGUGCGCGCGGCCUACGGGCGACAGGACCGCGCUGCGGCCAGCUGGCAGGGCCAUGGAGAAGCUGCGGCGGGUCCUGAGUGGCCAGGACGACGAGGAGCAGGGCCUGACGGCGCAGGUCCUGGAUGCUUCAUCUCUUAGUUUCAACACCAGAUUGAAGUGGUUUGUCAUAUGCUUCGUGGCUGGCAUUUUCUUUUCUAUCCUUGGUACCGGAUUGCUGUGGCUUCCUGGUGGCAUAAAGCUUUUUGCAGUGUUUUAUACCCUUGGAAAUCUUGCAGCAUUAGCCAGUACGUGCUUUUUAAUGGGACCUGUGAAGCAGCUGAAGAAAAUGUUUGAAACAACAAGAUUGCUUGCAACAGUUAUCAUGCUUCUCUGCUUGGUGUUCACCCUGUGUGCUGCGCUUUGGUGGCAUAAGAAGGGACUGGCCUUAUUAUUCUGCAUAUUGCAGUUCUUGUCAAUGACCUGGUACAGUUUGUCAUACAUCCCAUAUGCAAGGGAUGCAGUACUUAAAUGCUGCUCUUCUAUCCUAAGUUAAAAAUCAGAAGCAUCUCCUGGGAAGGAACAUUGGAGUGUGGUGGACUGUUGUGCAGGGGGCUGUUCCUGGUGCAGUGAUCACUCCAGCGGCGUCACAGGCUCAUUUUGUGUCCUGGUAAAACCACUCUUAGAGUGUUCCACGCACCUGGCUUUGUACUGUGUGUUAUUAACACGAUCUUCCAAAGAUGAGGAGAUUUUAAUCAUUGUCAAUUGUAAAUACUCUUUAGCCAGUUUUUUAAAUCUUUUCAAAGGGGCUUUGGAAAUGUGAAUAUUUAAGGGAUAAAUCUAUGCUGUGAGAUGUAUGCAGAUUAUUUGGCUUUUAAAAAAAUCUACAUUUUUGAGAUACCCAUUUUUUAACUUUAAAAAUGUGAAGCUUUGUGCUUUAUGCUUAAAAUUCCUUAUUGUAUACAUGUAAUAAAAAUAAUAUAUAUAUCUUUACAAUUUUAAAAUAAACCCAUUCUUG